AUGGACAAGCUAACGUCAACCCCGGUAACCGUCAUGAAGACUACGAGGACCGAGAGGAGGCCUUUCACUGCCAACGAAGCCCGCCGACAGGCCGACUAUGUAAUGGUCACUAUGAUUAACAGCUUCAAGGCCAACAUUUUGCAGAUGGCGAAUUUCACUAACUCCCAGAGGUCAAGGAAGGCGCUAUGUGGAGGCCUAGAGAAGGGAGUGCCUAAACCUUUCCAAAUGCUCGCCCGGGUCCUGCGGAGUUGCAACAUGCACGACAUUGCGGCGAAUGGCCUGCAGCGUUCCUUUCUUAUGGUCCGGCUGUCUCAGCGCAACGAGGAGUUGCAAGAUCUGACAGACACCCAGGGGGGUAUCGAUCUCGUCAGUCAAUUCGAGGGCGACGGCGACACGCCCCCACCCACGUCGCCGCGGUGGUCACAGUAA